CACCCACCCCACCCCCUUUAUAUAUACACACACACCUCCACAAAACAAGAUCUUCAAAUUCGCUACAAUUUAGCCCUAGUUUACGUCUCUCUCUCAGAUCUCAAUCCCUAAAUCAUGAAACCGCAUCUUAAUUACGGUUUCCUCAUCCUCUUCCUUUUCCUCACUGCAUCUCGCCUUUACGCACAGGAUGUUGCUGGUGACAAUGAUGACGAAGAUUCAACCGGAUCUAUCAUAGAUCUAGGUCGCCGUAGCAAAGUUGUUGUGGAGAAACUUAAGAACAAUGUUAUCGGUGACAAGAUUGAUCCAAAAGCUGUACUAAAUCUGGAUUCUGGUCUGGGAGUUUUUGAUGCAUUCUUUGCUAGUUUUUCAAUGAUCCUUGUCAGUGAGAUUGGAGAUGAGACUUUUAUAAUAGCAGCUCUUAUGGCAAUGCGUCAUCCAAAGUCGAUUGUUUUAUCUGGCGCCCUCAGUGCACUGUUUGUGAUGACGAUACUGUCUACAGGGCUUGGUAGGAUUGUUCCAAAUUUGAUAUCUAGGAAGCACACAAACAGUGCUGCUACAGUUCUUUAUGCCUUUUUUGGGCUGCGUUUGCUCUACAUAGCUUGGAGAUCAGAUUCAAAAGCAUCCCAGAAGAAGGAGAUGGAAGAGGUAGAAGAGAAACUUGAGUCUGGACAAGGAAAAACAGCUGCCCGGCGGUUCUUUUCUAGAUUCUGUACGCCUAUUUUCUUGGAGUCAUUUAUUUUGACAUUUUUAGCAGAGUGGGGGGAUCGGAGCCAGAUAGCAACAAUUGCUUUAGCAACGCAUAAAAACGCUCUCGGGGUUGCUGUGGGGGCCACAAUAGGUCACACUAUCUGUACAUCAGUAGCAGUUAUUGGGGGAAGCAUGUUGGCAUCAAAAAUUUCACAAGGUACAGUUGCAACAAUAGGUGGUUUGUUAUUUCUUGGGUUUUCUUUGUCAUCAUAUUUCUACCCUCCUCUAUAACAAUGUUAGAUUUAUGUUUAACCUCUUAUAACUUUAUUGUAUUUUUUUUUGUAUUAAUAUACGUAAAACAUUUAUCAAUGAAUAUUUUUGAGUUUUGACCCAUUAAAACAAUAUGGGAACACCUGCA